UCAUUUGACCUCCAUUCUUUCUGUCUAAGAGUAAAGACGCUUGAGAUAUAAUGCCGUUUAUUGAUUUAGAAAGUAACUUACCAGCCAGUACUUUUUCAGAGGAUUUCUUGAAAAAGCUGUGCUCCAAAACAGCUGCUGUUCUUGGGAAACCCGAAGAGCGAAUGAUGUUGGUGGUGAAACCUGGACUGCCAAUGCUAAUCGGUGGAACAUGCGCACCUUGCGUGAUACUGUCGGUGUCUGCUAUUGGUGUCACCGACACUGCGGAGAAGAACAAGGAACACAGUGCUAACAUCUUUCCUUUUCUUUCAGGAGAACUUGGCCUAACCGAGGACAGGAUCGUGAUUAGGUUCUAUGCGCUAGAACCACAUCAGGUUGGAAAGAAAGGAACUGUGAUGAGUUACCUGUAGGAGGUCCUUUGGACUACAGUGACUUCAUGGGUCCAUUCCACAACAGUUCCCACAGAACAGCGCUAAGGGAAUAUCCACCUCUGUUGGAUAUGCGUGCCACAUUUAUGAAGAUCUUUCUGGAAUUUUAUAAUGAAUAGACGUAUUGUGCUGUGCAAAGGUCUUAGGCACCUGAAAUUCAAACUAAAGCCGUUUACUUAGAUAUUAAAUGUUUAUUUGUGAAUAAAUGUAUAUUAUAUAUAUUCUUUGUACAAAUAUACACUUACUACCCAAAUAAAUGGCUUUAGUUAUUGACCUGUUUUCACUGUUACAAUGUCAUCUCACCUAUUAAUUUCAACCAUUGGAUCAUGUUUUUUUUUCUGCUGAUUUGUUUCUAAGAACCACAAUGAGGAGCAUAAAUGGACUAGUAUUACCAACUACAUAGUGCAGAAUAUUUCCUACUCUACAGUAUGUGCAAUGUUAAAAAAAAGUUCAUGUAAUUUUGUACAACACCAUGGAAACCGCAAUCCAUGGCUUUGGUGAGUGUAGAGGUAAAACUAGAUUAUAAACUCAUUUUUAGCAUUGCUGAUUUCUCAAACAAUGUUAGAAUUUAUUUUGUGGCCUGAAUUUUGGAGGUGUGACAUUUCAACUCCUUUUUACCUUAAUGCAAUUAAUAAUUUCACCUCUUUUUACUUUUACCCAAGUUUUUCUGACUAACAUGUGAAAUGAGCUUGAUUCUUUUUUUCAAUAUUUGUGAAGGUUCAACUCUGUGAUUUUCAAUAUGAUGUUGUCAGAUUCUGGCUCUUUUGCAUAUUUAUAUCAGACCAAACCUUCAGCUCAUCCCCUCCACUGUCUGGCCCUCGUCCAAUCAUAUAAGUGUAUUCUGUAUCCUAACCGUAAGGUCCAUAGUGUUCCCUCUUGAGUUCUUGGCUCCACACACUCACACAUUUAUCAGGUGUUUUGGUUCCACUCCCAUUGUAGAUACCAGCCAUUUGCUAUAUGGUUCCUCAUAUAACACAUAGUAGCAAAGCACCGCAUCUGUGUUGUGUUCUUUUACAAAAGUAUAGAACUAAAAUACACAUUAUCAGGAAAAGACAUGCUUUCUUACACUGUGUAUUUUUCUAUUUCACUUAGGUAGUAUGUGUAUACUUUUUCUAAAACUGUGUAGUACUUUCUAUUAAAUUUGUCUUACUUGAAUUAAAAGUACUAAUCUCCCUUAA